ACUUGUGGUUUUGGACUGUUGCAGCUGUGGUUCCUACAGGUCCUGGACUUUCCCAAGACAGACGUCCGGCACCAAAUCCAUAAGUUUACAUACAGCAGGAAAUCCGUCACUGCUGAAUCAAAUCACUAUGUCAGCGAAAACAGCUACUCAGCUAGGGGAUGAUGAGAAGUUUCUGUUUGUGGACAAAAACCUAUUCAGCAAUCCCCUGGCCCAAGCAGACUGGUCAGCGAAAAAGUUAGUUUGGAUACCCUCUGAAAAACAUGGGUUUGAAGCCGCAAGUAUUAAAGAGGAAAAGGGGGAUGAAGUUAUUGUUGAACUGGCUGAAAACGGGAAGAAAAUUACAGUCAACAAGGAUGACGUUCAAAAAAUGAAUCCCCCGAAAUUCUCAAAAGUUGAGGACAUGGCUGAGCUAACUUGUCUGAAUGAGGCCUCUGUGUUGCAUAACUUGAGGGAGCGGUACUUCUCUGGACUCAUUUAUACAUAUUCAGGCCUCUUUUGCGUGGUAAUAAACCCAUACAAGAUGCUACCCAUCUACUCAGAGAAGAUCAUUGAAAUGUACAAGGGAAAGAAAAGACAUGAAAUGCCCCCUCAUAUCUACGCUAUAGCAGACACCGCCUACAGGAGUAUGAUGCAAGAUCGAGAAGACCAGUCAAUUCUAUGCACAGGUGAAUCUGGUGCCGGUAAGACAGAAAACACAAAGAAGGUCAUCCAGUACCUGGCUGUAGUAGCGUCAUCACAUAAAGGCAAGAAGGACACGAGUAUAACUCAACAGCCAGGUGCAGCCUUUGCUUACGGUGAGCUGGAGAAGCAGCUGCUUCAGGCUAACCCCAUCCUGGAAGCCUUUGGAAAUGCCAAAACCGUAAAGAAUGACAACUCCUCCAGAUUCGGCAAGUUCAUCCGCAUCAACUUUGAUGUCACUGGCUAUAUUGUUGGAGCAAACAUUGAGACCUAUCUACUGGAAAAGUCAAGAGCUAUUCGCCAAGCCAAGGAUGAAAGGGCUUUCCAUAUUUUUUACUAUCUGAUCUGUGGAGCAGGAGAGAAACUGAGAAAUGAGUUGCUACUGGAGAAUUUCAAUGACUAUAGGUUUUUGUCUAAUGGAUACGUACCAAUUCCUAGCCAAAAAGAUGAUGAGAUGUUUGUUGAGACUCUGGAGGCCAUGGCCAUCAUGGGAUUCACUGAUGAAGAGCAGACAGCUAUGUUGAAGGUUGUUUCAUCUGUAUUACAACUUGGGAACAUCGUUUUCAAAAAGGAGAGAAAUAACGACCAGGCGUCCAUGCCCGAUGAUACAGUUGCUCAGAAGGUGUGCCAUCUAAGUGGAAUUAACGUGACAGAUUUUACACGAGCCAUCCUGACUCCUCGCAUCAAAGUUGGACGUGAUGUAGUACAGAAAGCUCAGACCAAAGAACAGGCGGAUUUUGCAGUGGAAGCCUUGGCAAAAGCAACGUACGAGCGACUGUUUCUCUGGUUGUUGUCACGUGUUAACAAAGCACUGGACAAAACAAAAAGGCAGGGAGCCUCAUUCCUGGGCAUUCUUGACAUAGCAGGAUUUGAAAUCUUUGAGGUCAACUCCUUUGAACAAUUGUGCAUCAACUACACAAAUGAGAAGCUACAACAGCUGUUUAACCACACCAUGUUCAUCCUGGAACAGGAGGAGUACCAACGAGAAGGCAUUGAGUGGAACUUCAUCGACUUCGGACUUGAUCUGCAGCCUUGUAUUGAGCUCAUCGAAAGGCCGAACAACCCUCCUGGUGUAUUGGCUCUGUUAGAUGAAGAGUGCUGGUUUCCAAAGGCUACUGACAAAUCCUUUGUGGAUAAACUAAGCCAAGAACAAGGCAAUCAUCCCAAAUUCCACAAGGCUAAACAGCUAAAGGGUGUGACUGAAUUCUCUAUAAUGCACUAUGCAGGAAAGGUUGACUAUAAUGCUAGUGAAUGGCUGACAAAGAACAUGGAUCCAUUGAAUGACAAUGUGACAACACUCUUAAAUCAGUCUUCGGAUAAGUUUGUGGGUGACCUUUGGAAAGAUGUGGAUCGUAUCGUUGGUCUGGACCAGGUGGCAAAAAUGAGCAGUGACAGCUCCCUCCCCAGUUCUUCCAAGACCAAGAAAGGGAUGUUCCGUACAGUUGGUCAGCUGUACAAAGAACAGCUGAUGAAGCUGAUGACAACCCUUAGAAAUACAAACCCCAACUUUGUGCGUUGCAUCAUUCCAAAUCAUGAAAAGAGGGCUGGAAAACUGGAUGCCCACCUAGUUUUAGAACAGCUGCGUUGCAAUGGUGUCUUGGAAGGUAUCCGCAUUUGUCGACAGGGAUUCCCGAACAGAAUUGUUUUUCAGGAAUUCAGGCAGAGAUAUGAGAUUUUAACUCCAGGUGCUAUUCCUAAAGGAUUUAUGGAUGGCAAACAAGCUUGUAUAGCUAUGAUAAAAGGUAUAGAGUUGGACCCUAACCUCUACAGGAUUGGUCAAAGUAAAAUAUUCUUCAGAACAGGAGUUCUCGCACACUUGGAAGAGGAGAGAGAUUUAAAGAUUACAGACAUUAUUAUUGCUUUCCAGGCUCAGUCCCGAGGCUACCUUGCCAGAAAAGCUUUUGCCAAGAGACAACAACAGUUAACAGCCAUGAAAGUCAUUCAGAGAAACUGCGCUGCUUAUCUGAAACUCCGAAACUGGCAGUGGUGGAGAUUGUUUACAAAGGUAAAGCCUCUGCUUCAAGUGACAAGGCAGGAGGAAGAACUACAAGCAAAGGAUGACGAACUGCUGAGGACCAAGGAGAGGCAAGAGAGGGCCGAGCUUGAACUGAAAGAACUAUCAGAUAAGCACAUGCAGCUGGUGGAAGAAAAGAAUCUUCUUCAAGAACAGCUCCAAGCAGAGACAGAACUGUAUGCUGAGGCUGAAGAGAUGAGGAUACGUCUCACUGCCAAAAAACAGGAGCUAGAGGAGAUCCUUCAUGAACUAGAAAACCGGAUAGAGGAAGAAGAGGACCGCAGUCAACAGCUACAGGUGGAGAAAAAGAAGAUGCAGCAGCAAAUGCAGGAUCUUGAAGACCAGCUAGAAGAAGAAGAAGCUGCAAGACAAAAACUACAGCUUGAGAAAGUAACAGCUGAAGCCAAGAUAAAGAAACUGGAAGAUGAUAUCCUUGUAAUGGAUGAUCAAAAUAACAAGCUUGUUAAGGAAAGGAAACUUCUGGAAGAGAGAGUGUCAGAUCUUACAACCAACCUUGCUGAAGAGGAGGAGAAAGCCAAGAAUUUGACAAAACUAAAGGCAAAACACGAGUCCAUGAUUUCUGAUCUAGAAGUGAGACUUAAAAAAGAAGAGAAGGGUAGACAAGAGUUGGAGAAACUAAAGAGAAAGCUGGAAGGGGAAUCCAAUGACCUACAAGAGCAGAUAGCUGAACUCCAAGCCCAGAUCGCUGAACUGAAGAUGCAACUAGCCAAGAAAGAAGAGGAGCUACAGGCAGCCCUGGCCAGGCUUGAAGAUGAAACAGCUCAAAAGAAUAAUGCACUAAAGAAAAUCCGUGAGCUGGAAUCACACAUCUCAGAUCUCCAGGAAGACCUGGAUUCAGAGAGAUCAGCUCGAAACAAGGCUGAAAAACAAAAAAGGGAUCUUAGUGAAGAACUUGAAGCCCUGAAAACAGAACUUGAGGAUACUUUGGACACAACUGCUGCCCAGCAAGAACUUAGAGCAAAGAGGGAACAGGAAGUAACAAUGCUGAAAAAGGCCCUGGAGGAGGAGACAAGAUCACAUGAGGCUCAGGUUCAAGAGAUGAGACAGAAGCAUACCCAAGCUGUGGAAGAACUUACAGAGCAAGUCGAACAGAUCAAAAGGGUGAAAUCAAAUUUAGAGAAGGCUAAACAGGGUCUGGAGAAGGAUAAUGCAGAUCUCGUUGCCGAUGUCAGGUCACUAGCUCAAGCAAAGCAAGACCUGGAAUAUAAAAAGAAGAAAGUGGAAACACAACUUCAAGACCUACAGUCAAAAUACACAGAAGGAGAGCGUGUCAGAAAUGAGCUCGCAGAGAAGAGCUACAGGUUACAGACUGAACUUGACAAUGUUACUGCCCUGCUCAACGAAGCAGAAACUAAGAACAUCAAACUUUCCAAGGAUGUCGCUAGUUUAUCAUCACAGUUACAAGAUACACAGGAACUGCUCCAAGAGGAAACCCGUCAAAAACUGAAUGUGACAACGAAAUAUCGUCAACUAGAGGAUGAACGUAACAGUCUACAGGAACAGCUGGAGGAGGAAGGAGAGGCAAAGCAUAAUCUUGAAAGGCACAUUUCUAGCCUCAAUGUGCAGCUAUCAGAUUCGAAGAAGAAACUUGAGGAAUUUAAUGCUACUGUAGAGGGUCUAGAAGAAGGUAAAAAGAAAUUACAUAGAGAAAUUGAGAACGUGAACCAGCAAUAUGAAGAAAAAGCGUCGGCCUUUGACAAGCUGGAAAAAACUAAGAACAGAUUACAACAGGAACUGGAUGACCUACUGGUGGACUUGGACAACCAAAGGACAUUAGUCUCAAAUUUAGAGAAGAAACAAAAGAAAUUUGAUCAGAUGCUAGCUGAGGAGAAAACCAUCUCCAGUAAGUAUGCAGAUGAAAGGGAUCGGGCUGAAGCAGAGGCACGGGAAAAGGAAACAAGGGCUUUGGCACUAAGUCGGGCCCUCGAGGAAGCUUUGGAGGCCAAGGAGGAAAUGGAAAGAGCCAAUAAGUUGUUGAAAGCUGAAAUGGAAGAUCUAGUUAGUUCUAAGGAUGAUGUAGGAAAGAAUGUCCAUGAGUUGGAGAAGUCAAAGCGCGCUCUAGAACAGCAGAUGGAGGAGAUGAAAACACAGCUGGAAGAACUAGAGGAUGAACUACAGGCUACAGAGGAUGCAAAACUCAGACUAGAAGUUAACAUGCAAGCCUUAAAAGCACAGUUUGAGCGAGAUCUACAAGCCAGAGAUGAACAAAACGAGGAAAAGAGAAGACAGCUCGUUAAACAGGUUCGUGAGCUUGAAACAGAACUAGAAGAUGAGCGCAAGCAGCGUUCAGCAGCAGCAGCUGCCAGAAAGAAACUGGAGGUGGAUGUCAAGGACCUGGAAAGCCAGAUUGACAGUUCUAACAAAGGCCGUGAUGAGGCUAUAAAACAACUCCGCAAGCUCCAGGCUCAGGCAAAGGAUUACCAACGAGAAAUUGAGGAAGCCCAUGCAUCUAGAGAAGAAGUUUUAGCCACAGCUAAAGAAAGUGAGAAGAAGGCAAAGAAUCUGGAAGCUGAACUGAUACAACUCCAAGAGGAUUUAGCGGCUGUAGAACGAGCACGCAAACAGGCGGAACAGGAGAAAGACGAUCUUGCUGAAGAGCUCUCAAGCAAUGCAUCUGGAAAGUCAGCACUUCUUGAUGAGAAGCGACGUCUAGAAGCUAAAAUUGGACAACUGGAGGAGGAGUUAGAAGAAGAACAGGGUAAUAUGGAGGCCAUGAGUGAUCGGUUACGGAAAGCUGUGCAGCAGUCAGAGCAGCUGACCAAUGAGCUGGCAGCAGAGCGCAGUACAGCACAGAAGAAUGAGACCGCACGCCAGCAACUGGAAAGGCAAAACAAAGAGCUGAAGUCCAAGCUACAAGAAAUGGAAGGAGCCGUCAAGUCUAAAUUCAAGGCAUCCAUCACCUCAUUAGAAGCCAAGGUUGCUCAGUUGGAAGAACAACUGGAACAGGAAGGAAGAGAUAAACAGAAUGCAGCCAAGGCGAUGAGACAGAAGGACAAAAAAAUGAAAGAUAUUAUGCUGCAGGUUGAAGACGAGAGGAAACAGGCUGAGCAGUACAAAGACCAGUCUGAAAAGGCAAAUGCACGGGUAAAGCAACUGAAACGACAGCUCGAAGAGGCUGAAGAAGAAUCCCAGAGGAUAAAUGCUGCUCGACGAAAACUACAACGGGAGCUUGAGGAAGCAACUGAGAGCAACGAGACCAUGAAUCGUGAGGUCAGCACCCUGAAGAGCAAACUCAGGCGGGGAAAUGAGGCAUCAUUUACUACAACCACCUCCUCACCCUCUUCUGCCACUCGAAGAUCUGCAGGCCGAAGAGUUCUGGAUACCUCAGAUGGCUUAUAUGAUGACCUGGAUAGACACGAUGCUGAUUAUAAUGGAACAAAAUGCAGUGACUAAAUUGCAACGCUACAUGAAAUGCCUGAUAUUUAACGCAACUUUUUUUCAUUCAAAACUGCAUUUCUUGCAUUGCACACACAAGACAAAUGAUAAAGCGUAACAUUACUACAAUGUGUAUGCUUUAAAAAUGAAAGGCUAAUGAAAGCAGAAUUCUUCAAGACAGCAGAUAUCAACUAAAGAUACCUGCAAAAUAGACAGUUUGAGACGUUACUGAAAAUUCUACAAGAAAUCAGAAGACAUAAUGGUUAACAAAAAGUAAUAAAUGGACAUAAACAGUUUAAAGACAUGAAGUGUUCUUUGUGUUUCUGUAGACUCUGCUAGGUAUGUUGCCUAGCUGUGCCUAUUGUAGGAUGAGUUACACAGCCAGUGUCUUAGUUAUUUAAAACACGCGGCUAUACCCUUUCCCAGAUGUUACACAUAAGAUGCACUUUUCACAAAAUACUGUCUUUAUUUGCUUUGUAUUAAAAUUAAUAUUUUUAAAAUAAUGUAUUAGAAAUGUUAUACCAUUUUCUAUGCACUUUUUGAGGCUAUGGAUUAAGCACUUUCACUAAUAAAAAAAUUAAUAAAUUAUCAAAAAGUAAA